CCCAGUCAGAAAUUACGAAACCCCUUUUGCUCUGCUCGCUGCUCAGUUAUAUUCUUGUUCUGGAUAUAGGGAAUCUAAGAAAAGUUCCAAAUGGCAACUGCUGCAUCCACCACCAUGGCCAGCCAGCUGCAGAGCAGCCUUGCUUCAUCCCUGACAACUAGGUUGGCUACCCCAAAGGGCAUCUCUGCAGCUCCAUUCAGAGCCUUACCCUCAAUGAGGAAGUCUUGCUUCACCAUCAAAGCUAUCCAAUCGGAGAAGCCAACUUAUCAAGUAAUUCAGCCCCUGAAUGGCGAUCCAUUCAUCGGAAGCCUUGAGACCCCGGUGACAUCAAGCCCCAUAAUCGCUUGGUUCCUCUCCAACCUCCCUGGUUACAGGACAGCGGUGAGCCCUCUUCUCAGGGGAAUCGAGGUCGGCCUAGCCCAUGGGUACCUCUUGGUUGGCCCGUUCGUGAUUACAGGCCCGCUGAGGGACACCGACAUCAAAGGUCCAGCUGGUUCACUUGCAGCUGCUGGGCUUGUUAUCAUCCUCAGCAUUUGCUUGACAAUGUAUGGCAUUGCAUCCUUCAACGAGGGUGAGCCCUCAACUGCCCCGGGACUGACCUUGACCGGCAGGAAGAAGGAGCCUGACCAGUUGCAGACUGCUGAGGGAUGGGCUAAGUUCAGUGGAGGGUUCUUCUUUGGUGGGAUCUCUGGUGUCAUCUGGGCUUACUUCCUUCUCUAUGUCCUUGACCUUCCUUACUAUAUUAAGUAAUUUUUUGAUGUUGUAACUAUUUUGAUUCCUCGAUGGAAAAUGAAAGUUGUAUAUUUGUAUUAAGGGAUUAAUCAUUUGUACAAUUGACAUUGAUGAUGCCUGAUGAAUUUUGCCGUUCUUGAUCUUUUA